AUGGGCAAAAAUGUAUAUACCGAUUUCCUAUCGGCCGGUGUCAAUGAUAGUGACUUUGAAAAGUCAACCUUCAAUUUGGUCGAUGUGCCAACUUUCAGAAACUUCAAGUUCUGGACCCUCUUCUGGUAUCUUUUCACAUGGAUAAUGGUUAUCUUGUCCAUUGGACUGUUGUGCAUUGAUACGUAUACUUGUGUCAACUUAUUGGCGUUCAACAAAUGGUCGAAUCAAGACAUCAAACCUUACCGAUUUGAUAUUGCCAAAUGGGUGUUUUCAGGGUGUAUUCUAUUCCAGUUUUGUCUCGUAGGGUACCAUUGGAUUAUUGCCUACAGAGUACUUCAAAAGAAGAAGAUUGCCCAAACUUAUUUAAACAGCUAUGCAAAGAAGUGGUACACUUUAAAGUCCUAUAAUUAUCAUUGCUUGUUCUACGCCUUGGAACCUACAAAUUUCUUUGAUUGGUGUACAUUUUUGGUGUAUGAAGAAUUGGAUGUUGCUAUUCAAGUGCUUGUUAUAGAUACUCCUCGUCAAGUGAUUAACGUCUUAACUAUCCUUUAUUACGCAACAGAUGGUGACACAUCGAAUGAUGUGAUUGCCAAUAUUAAAAAGAUUGCCACCACCAAUUUGAAGCUUGCUAUUAUUUUAUCACUUAUGGUUGUUUCAUUGGCCAUUUACUCCAUUUUCUUGUUCAGAUUCAUCUUGGCGAUCUUGUUAUAUUUACCCAUCAAGAUCAAGACUUAUCGUAAGGGGUUUAAAAGAAUUAAAAAGUAUUGUGUGUUUGUCAUCAACUCCAACACUAGAAGAUUGGUUAAAAAGUACCAUAAACCUCGUCAGGAAUUAUUGGAGACUGGCUUGAUGUCGUUGGAAGAGAUGAAGAUGAAUCCUUUGUUGAACAGUUCCACCACGUUCUUUGAAGACUUUGAAUACGUUCAAGAUCACAACAAUGCAUUCAAUAUGGAGUCUAUGGAUUCUCGUCAACAACAACCAUUCAACGAGAAUGAUCCAUUCAAAGACCCAGAACCACACUCUUAUAACAGAAUUAGACCACCCUAUGGAAACAACAGCAGAGUCAGUGAUACGAGCUUGACACAUGUGAAACCUUUCAAGGAAACGAAAGCAUACGGCUUCAAUUCCGACACAAGCUACACUGGUGGUGAUGGUUUUGAUACACCAAAGUUGAAUAUUCUGAAGUUAGAUCAAUAUGGUAAUUCAAAGGAACUUCUUAUCAGCGGAGAAGAUAAUCAGAGACAAUUUGCACCACCUAAUGGUCUUAAGAAUCCUUUUGGUGAUGAUGAUUCUCACAGCACAAUUCCAAGCAGUCUUUCUACAAAUUGGAAUAAAGAUGAUGUUGAGUCGGUUCUUGAUACUUAUACUUAUUCAGAAACACCUCAAUAUUCACAGCUAACUAUGAAUGCGUCAACAAGUUAUGUAGGUGGUGGAAAUAGUGUUCCAUAUGGUCCUCCCCCUCAUUUCCAACAUCCAGCUCGAAGUAUCAGUGGGACUGGGUCACUGGUCUAUGAUAGUACUAUAGUCACACCACCACCAAGCUAUCAUGGUGGGUUUAGUCGACUUGAUUCGAUCGACAAUUCUUCGUCUACAGAAUAUUUCCAUCCACCUAACCACCCCACUCAACACAAUAUCUACUCCAAUUCAAAUAGUUCGCAUGAUUCACAACUGACAAUCACUUGGAAUGACCAAAGCAACGCAAGAGCAAACCCACCAGAUACUCGUCCUUUAGUAUCAAGCGAGAACGAAUAUCAAGCUGAGCCAGGGCAUAGACAAAGAAACGAGAGCUUAAACCUUCCGUAUCCCACACGGGGUCCUUCUAUGUACGAGGAUCGUGAUGAAUAA